AUGAGCACCAAACGUUUUACCGUUAAUCCCUUUGAUGACUUGACUUUGACGGAUGAAGACCGUAUGAAGCUUGUACAAGUUGUUGAUAAACUAGCGCUUGCUAAGUUUGCAGAAUAUGAAGAACAUUUAAACAACAACAAGAAAGUAGAUCGUUCUCGGUGGAAGAAAGUCUCAACGUCGGGUACUACUGCAGCGUAUAUGGAACGGAAGAAGUCCAAUCCGAAUUCGCCUCUUGCUGAGAUGUUAUUUGUCGGGCCGCUCCCUGGGACUUUAGAUGAAAACAUGUUUGGUUUUAUCAAUCCAACCCUUGACUCAAUGCGAAUCAAUGCAUCGUAUCUGAAUAAUUUCAGUGCUGCCGCUGUACUGGCUACUAUUGUAGAGCCAACAGUAGACGAUCCAUUUCGAGCGGUAGUGGUCAAAUGGAUGGAGGUUGAUAUCCCUGGUGCCUCCUUUGGAAUCGUGUGGAAUCGUGACUAUGUCUUUGUUGAGGGAUCGGGCAUUCUGUAUCUUAAGAAUGGAGAACGUGUCGGCUACCACGUCUACCACUCUGUCAAUUUUCGCGAAACCCACGAGCUACCGAACAGAGUUCGUGGUGACAUGUCGCUCAGUGCUAUUUUCCGUCAAGAAGGUGGUCGAACUGACUGCCGCGGCACGGGCAUUCUGGCUUUAGGAGGUGAGAUUGUUUCUAAGAUGGCUGUGAUGAAGAUGGCUCAGUCGGUAAUGUCAGGCAUGAAGUACUCGUACUGCGGCCAAAUGAAAAAGUUGGCGUGGUUGUUGGAGCAGAAUUAUACAGAAUUAGGGAACCAAAGUGCUUCAAUUGUUGAGCAUCACUGUGUGACGUGCUCCAAGUCUGUGAAAGGAUCUUUAUUUGGCAAGUCAAACACCACAUGCAGAUUAUGUUUUGGGGCAUUAUGUGGAUCGUGUAAAGUGUCCAAGAAACUGAGCUUCAUUUCACCAGAUUUGGAGCUUUCCCAGAGAAAGGUGAGCUUUUGUGUCAAAUGUUUGGUGGAAGCAUCUCGCGUGGACACGCUCGAAGUUGCUCGUCGCCAAUUGAUCUACAAACUAUCUGUUCAGCCGGAUGCCUACUCUGCUUCUCUAGCUAUCACCUAUACGAACUCGUGCUCAGAUGAAAGCUCAUGA